ACAACCUCUUCUUCUUUCCUUCAAUGGCUGGAUCCAAUUCGAACGGUCCGAGCCAACGAGACGGUUUAUUGAGACAAAAUGUUCCUUCUUACCAGAGCUUGUCAAAUAACCAGCCAUUGCAAGAUUACGAAUGGAAUGUCGAAGUGGAUGUCAAAGGUCAGGUCGACACCAAUCAGGAUCAAGAACAUGAACAUGAAAAUGAACAUGAGCCAUACUUUUCAUGGAAAAAACUUAUGCUUUACAGUGGUCCCGGUUGGUUAAUGGCAAUUGCCUAUUUGGAUCCUGGUAAUCUUGAGUCCGAUCUUCAAUCAGGUGCAGUCGCAGGAUACAAGCUUCUUUGGUUACUCUUGUGGGCUCAUGGGGCUGGGCUAGUUAUUCAAAUCCUGUCGGCUAGGUUGGGCGUGGUGACCGGAAAACAUUUGGCUCAGUUGAUCAGGGACAGCUACAGCCGGCCUGUAGGAUAUCUCUUGUGGGCUUUUACUCAGCUUGCAAUCAUUGGUUCUGACAUCCAAGAAAUCGUGGGUACUGCCAUUGCCCUAAAGAUCAUUUUUGGAUUUACCCUUCCGGUAGGGGUGUUGAUCACAGCCUUUGACACAUUCUUAUUCAUGUGGCUGCAACAAUAUGGCGUCCGCAAAAUCGAGGUCUUCUUCAUGAGCUUGAUCGGAGUCAUGAUCGCCUGUUUCUGGGCUGAGAUGAUUUCGUCUCAUCCAAGUAUUCCUAAUAUUCUUCAUGGCAUAUUUAUACCCGAAAUUCCCGAGCAUGCAGCUGUCCAAGCAGUUGGUAUGGUUGGAGCCGUUAUUAUGCCUCACAAUAUGUUUCUUCACAGUGCAUUGGUCAUGUCUCGUAAUCUAGGAGAGAAGCCGAGCGAACGAAAACUCAAGGAGGCAAACUUUUAUUUUGCUGUUGAAUCUGGUUUGGCACUCCUGACAUCCUACUUUAUAAACCUGGCUAUUGUCGUGGUAUUUGCACAAGUCUUUUAUGAACCCGGAAACACCCUAGACAGUCUUCCGGGUCUGUACGAUGCUUCUGAAGUGCUACGGAACACGCUGGGCGAAUAUGCCCGAUAUUUGUGGGCAGCUGGGCUACUUGCCGCCGGACAGAGUUCGACCAUGACAGGUACUCUUGCCGGACAAUAUGUUGUGGAAGGUUUCUUUGGAGCUAUAUUUAAAAAGCAAUGGCAUCGUGUUGCUCUCACUCGUACUAUAUCAUUGGUUCCCAGUAUGAUGGUGGCUGUAUUAGCCGUCAAUAGAUUUGACACCCUAGGCGAGAUUCUGAAUGUAUUGCAAAGUUUGUGCCUUCCUAUGGCUAUUAUUCCAAUCCUCAAGCUUACUAGCUCGAGUAGAAUAAUGACAAGCACGUUUAAAAACAGCCGCUGGAUGCACACCAUAUGCUGGACAAUCUCCUGGAUUCUGUUUGGUCUCAAUAUUUACCUGUGCAUUAGAUUCCUGAAAGAAUACUCUUAUCCGCCUGUACUGAUGGGAAUGGGUAUUAUGUACUCUGGCUUUGUUGGUUAUCUCAUCUACACACCUCUUGACAAUGAUUCUUUGCUUCCAUCUAACCCAGAGACUUUUUAGUGAUGCUUACUAUAUACAUACACAAACGCACAUAUACAAAAACUCAUAUACAUACACAUACACAUAUACAUAUACAUAUAUUACAUAUUUUAAAUAAUAUUAAUAAUAAAAAAAGCAACAUUUGUAAUUAAAGC